CAGAAUGAAAAGAAGAUUGUAAAGUGUUGAAGCUCGAUUGUACGGGAUGCAGCAAUUAUUUAUAAUGGCAACUUCUGACUAUUCCACAUCGGCAUUGUCCUCUUUAUCAGAAAAUGUGCUUUAUAAUUAUUCAACAAAUUCGAGCUUUGAAAAUAAUCACCAAUCUUAUCCUUUGAUUGUAUUGCAAAUAUCAUUAAUUAUCCUCAUAUAUUUUACUUCGACAAUGGGGAAUAUGUUAAUGUUUUUCGCUUUCGCUUUCAUUCCAAAGAAGAAAACAUCAGAAAAUGGUUUCACAAAAAGAGCCGCAGUCGACCAAAUAAUAUCGUCUUUAGCUCUCAUAGGAAUGGGACGUUUAUUAUUCCAAGGACCUCUUCAAGCUGUUUGUAUGAUUCGAGGUGAAUGGGUAUUUGGAAAUGGAUUUUGCCAAUUACAAGGUUUUGUAGGUUCGCUUUUUCGUCAUCUUUAUAUAUGGUACUUAGCAGUGUUCUGUUUAGAAAGGUGUACGAGAUAUUUGAAACCACACGAAUAUCUGUCAUCUUUCACAGACUUGACUGUCCGAGUAAUUUUAGCAGGACUUUUAUUUGUUGUUAUUGCUCAAGUUACAGCGCCUUUAUAUAAUUGGGGAGAAUAUAAAUACUUAACAGGAUUUUAUAUGUGUGACCAACACCCAGAAGCAUAUUUUGGAUGUUCUUAUCAGAUAUAUCUUUUUAUAUCAUUUGUACUCCCCGCACUUACAAUGGUUACAACAGUAAUUCUGUUACUGAAAAGAGGCCAAUGCAAACUGGAAAGCAGAAACAGCGAUUCUUAUUUACUUGAAGCUGACAAAGAAAUCGUUACUCUGGUAUCUCUAACCGUUCUAUCUAUUUUUACCAACCUUCCUCGACAUCUAUUAGAUACGUUCAUUAGUUGUAUCAAUUUGAGACGUGUCAAUGAUGUAGUGAUAUAUAUUUGUUACUGGUUAGAGAAUGUAACAUCAUCAAUUUUACCUCUCCUCUGUAUUUUAUUACACGGAAAGGUACGUUUGAGAAUUAAAUGUUUCUGGAAACGAUUUAAAGAAAAUAGAAAAGUUACCAUUUAAAAAUUAAAUAUUAUACUCAUAAUAUUUGUAUAUUCUCCAUGAAUUACA